CAGUUUUUCAAGAAUGCUACUGUUCGAGAUGCGUACAUAUUUGUUGCUGGCCAGGCCGCCGUUCUGGGGCAUCCACCCCAACAGCCCGAUUUUCCCCCAGCUUCGACCUCCAGAAUGGCGGAGAACAUGUGGCAGGCGUCAUCUCCGCAUGCUACCGGCAACUCCACACCCGCAAUGAGAUCCGACGAAGGAAGUAUGUCUGAGAAGCCUGUUGGGCGAACUCUGAAAGACCAGCACGAGGAGAAUCAUCGUAAAAGCAGCUGGUUUGAUGCCCAUCGCCCCUCCCAGCUUCCCCGGCCAGACGGAAAACGCGAGCUCAGGGAGAAAGAUUGCUGGGAUCAGCUGGCAUACUCAUGGCCCAAAUGGAAGAAAGCCAUGUACCUUGCUUCAAUUGCUGGGAUUCAGAUUUCCAUGAAUUUCAACACAUCCGUGUUUCCCAGUGCCAUCAACCCCAUCUCAGAGCAUUUUGGCGUGAGCGCACAGAAGGCGCGUGUCGGUCAAAUGAUCUACCUUGUUGCUUACAGCUUUGGCUGCGAGUUAUGGGCUCCGUGGAGUGAGGAGUUCGGGCGAUGGCCAAUCUUACAGCUGAGUCUGUUCUUCAUCAACAUUUGGCAAAUUCCAGCAUCUGUAGCGCCGAAUUUUGCAACGAUAAUAGUCUGCCGAGGCCUUGGUGGUCUGUCUACUGCCGGAGGAAGUGUGACGCUUGGCCUUGUCGCAGAUUUGUACGAGCCUGAAAAUCAACACUGGCCGUUACUAUUCGUCGUUCUGUCCUCUACCAUCGGAACCAGCAUCGGUGGCGUCAUUGGUGGCCCCAUCGAGCGUUUCCUGACGUGGAAGUGGAAUUUCUGGAUCCAACUUAUCUUUGGAGUUGUCGUGCAGGCAGUCCAUUUCUUCAUGCCCGAAUCACGUUCCACCAUCCUCAUCGACCGUGAAGCCAAGCGUCGCCGCAAGACAGGCGAGGACGAUAACAUCUGGGGACCAAACGAGCUCAAAUCUCCUCGUAUCUCUUUGAAGGAGGCCGGGAAGAUCUGGCUUCGUCCGUUCGAAAUGUUCGUCCGCGAGCCAAUCGUCCUGUUUCUAUCACUUCUUUCUGGAUUCUCCGACGCACUCAUCUUUACAUUCCUCGAAGCUUUCGCUAUUACUUUCCCUGAAAACUUUGGAUUUGGAACCCUGGCGACCGCAUGGGCUUUCAUCCCGAUCAACGCGAGUUACUUUUUCACGUAUUUUCUGUACUGGCCAUGGUUUUGGCGAGACGAACAUAUGCGCAAGAAGAAUGGUCCUGACUUCUAUUCCCCUGAGCGUCGCCUCAAGCCACUUUUGCUUCUCGCACUCUUCGAACCGAUCGGCCUCUUUGGGUUCGCGUGGACAUGUCAAGGACCUCCCACGACACAUUGGAUCGCACCUAUGAUCUUCUCGUUCCUGGUCGGCCUAGCCAACUUUGCGAUCUACUACUCUUCAGUAGAUUACAUGAUUGCCGCAUACGGACCUUACUCUGCUUCUGCAACUGGCGGCAACGCUUUCGCACGAGACUUCCUUGCUGGUAUUGCUGCAAUGUAUGCGACGCCGUUGUAUACCAAUCUCAGUGACUCCAGGCCAUCAGAAUAUGCAACCACUGUCCUGGCGUGUUUGUCUUGUAUAGGCAUCAUACCUAUCUACAUAUUCUAUUGGAAGGGGCCUCAGAUUCGCAAGGCCAGUAAGUUUGCUUCUAUGCUGGCUGAGGAUAGGAAAGCGGAGGGUGUCAAGAGGUUGAGUAAAGCGGAAAACAUGCCAUAUCCCGCAUAA